CGAGAGGGCAUGCAGUGAACUCCUCACACGUUCCGUCUCUCUCCUCUCUUCGGUCUCUUCUUCUACGACGCCAUGCUUCUCUUACCUGCAUUGUGGCAGUUGGUGGGAGUACUCGGGAUGAUGGAGGCUGUGUCAGCCGCGAGGCACAGCGUCCUUGUGUCCCGAGGAGGCCGAGCCAUUGCGGACUACGCCAUUGGUUCCUCCAAGCCCCAACUCCUGGAUCGUGACUACCUCUCGCCGACGAGCAGUCAUGGCUUCGCAUUCGGGAAGGACUUGGACAGCCGCCGACGCUUCCCAGGCUCCUUCAUCGAGAACUUCAACUACGAUUUCUCCAACAUCCUCGACGAAGAUGUAUCGGCGCUUGAACCGAGUCCGGUGUCAGGGCCAGGCGUCCGGGCGAGCCCAGGGGUCCCGGCCCACAUCGCCCGCCACUUCACGCCCCCAGAGGUCCUGCCGCCCUCGUUCGACGUCGACCCCGACCCGUAUUACGAGCCGUACGACCCUGCGAUCAUCGGGUCCCUGCUGCAGAGCGGCCCGUCGUUCGAGAGGCUGGACCACGAGGGACUCAUACGGAGACACACGAAACGCAGGGCCGAGAACGGGCUUCCACCGAUUCUCCUCGGCUCCAUUCGGCCCGGCUUCCCCUUCUUCAGACGCUUUUACUGAAUUAAUUAAAAUUAAAAAUUGAAAGAACGAUUUCGAGCUCUGGGACGUGCGCAGUAUUCGCGUGCACGGUGUGUGUGUCUCUUCCUUCUCCGCGUCGAUUCGUUCGAGUUGCUCCGGCGGACGUGACCGUGCCGCGAAGACGCUCAAACGAAGCCAUAAGUGACGCAAUCGAACUCCCAAGAUCACGAAGAACCUCGAUGGAGAAACACCCCCGAAAUAUGCAUGCCUUUUCUCUCUCUCUCUCUCUCUCUUCUUCGCGCUCUUCCUCAGACUGAAUUUUUGUAUUUUUAUUUUUAAAAUACUGCCAAGUCUUUCAUGCUGCCAUCAAUAAAAGCAGAAUUUUUUUUUUGAAAAUA